AUGGGGAGAAACCCGGGUCUUUAUUCCAUGCUGAGAGCGCCUGGUAUCAAGCUGCGAACGAUGACCUCUCUAACGGAUGAGACUCAAUUGAUUCCGAGGCUGACGGCCGUGGUAGACGGGGCCGUGGAGCUCCAGUGCAACCUGUCGGUGCCGGCGUCCAACCACGACAAGGACAACGUGACGCUGGUGCUCUGGUCCAAGUCGGACGUGCACGGGCCCCUGUACAGCGUGGACGCGCGCAACACGCCGCUGGAGCGGGCCAAGCACUUUCCGAGCCCCGAGCUGGCCGGCAGGUACGAGUUCAACACCUCCACGCACCCGGCCGUGCUCCGGGUCGACCCCGUCAGGCUCGAGGACGCCGGCGAGUUCAAGUGCCGCGUCGACUUCCGCUGGGCGCGGACGCACACCUUCGUCAUGGCGCUCCAGGUCAUCGUUCCACCAAAAGAAGUGAUCAUCUUCGAUGAACUAGGGAAGCCGCUUCAGGAUGUCGUGGGACCCUACGACGAAGGAUCACCGUUGAGCCUUACCUGCGAAGCUAUUGGAGGCACCCCAGUUCCGACGGUCACGUGGUGGCGUGACACGGUGCCCUUGGACGGGGCGUACAGCAACGUCUCCGAGGGCGUCGCUCGCAACAGGCUCUUCAUCCCCAAGCUGGAGCGUUCGGACGCCCGUGCCACGAUCGGAUGCCAGGCAGCCAACACCAACCUCACACUGCCGGUCUACACGUCCGUCACCAUCGACAUGAACCUGCGCCCCCUGGACGUGAAGAUCAGCAGCGCCCGGGAGCCCCUGGUGUCGGGGCACCGCGUGGAGCUCACUUGCCAGUCGAGGGGCGCCCUGCCCGCGGCACGCAUCACCUGGUGGAAGGGCACCGAGCAGCUGAUCCGCACCGUCGAGAAGGUGGACGCCUCGGGCAACGUGACCAGCAACACGCUCAUCUUCGUGCCGGGCGCCGAGGACCACGAGCGCCUGCUCACCUGCAAGGCGGACAACCCGCAGCUGGCCGGAAGCACCAUCGAGGACGCCAUGUUCCUCUCAGUGAUCUACGUGCCCAAGCUGUCGCUGAGCGUGAGCUCGGGUCACAAGAGCGGAGCCAUCCUGGAGGGCAGCGACGUGGCGCUCGAGUGCGUGGUGCGCGCCAACCCUCCAGUCCGGGACGUCUGGUGGAAGCACGACGGAAGGCUGCUCGACCGUCGCAGAGAUGCCGGCCCGGACCUGGUGUUCGGAAACCACUCGCUCAAACUCCUGCGCAUCGCCAGGGCCAUGAGGGGCCUCUACCAGUGCCUGGCCAGCAACAGCCAGGGGCAGGGAGAGAGCAACGAGCUUCAGAUACAGGUCAAAUACGCUCCGGUGUGCCGCGGGGGCCAGAAGCAGGCGUACGGCGUGGCCAGGGACGAGACGGCCAAGGUGUCGUGCGAACUGGACGCGGACCCGGCCGACGUGGUCUUCCAGUGGCGCUUCAACAACUCCUUCGAGGAACGGCACCUGGCCGCCAUGUCCCUGGACGUGGGCCUGCGCAGCGUCGCCUCCUACAUCCCGCGCAGCCGCGCCGACUACGGCUCCCUCCUCUGCUGGGGCAAGAACAGCGUGGGCUUGCAGCUCAAGCCCUGCGUCUUCAGCAUCCAGGCCGCCGGUCCCCCGGAGCCCCUGAGCAACUGCAACGUCCUCAACGCCACCGCGGAUUCCCUGCAGAUAGCCUGCGACUCGGGAUACGACGGCGGCCUGGAACAGACCUUCCACCUUGAGGUGAUCGAUUCGCUUCGCAGCGAGACGCUGGCGACCAAGGAGCAGCGGGACCGGGCCGUCUUUUUCGUGCAUCCUCUUCCGCCGGGCACCGAGUUCAUCGUCCGCGCGUUUGCCCAAAACGCCAAGGGCCGCAGCGACAGCGACAUCUUCACCACCAGCACCGAAGAACUGAGCACGGGCAGCAAUGGCGACUCUUUGGCACUGUCAAUGAGUCCAUUGCUAGGAGUUCUCAUCGGAGCGAUCGCAGCCUUGGUUCUGGUCGCCGUCAUCAUCGCCAUCAUCAUGCGAAUGCGGGUGCAUGACACGGACACUGAUUCCGGAGAGCCAGACACAACCGAAAAAUCGCAGACGCUGUUGCGUAAGGGUGUCGAAGACCGAGCCGAGGGCGACAUCAAAGACCCGGACAUCAUACCACCCAAGGGAGACUUGGAAGAUCCCGAAUGGGUUUUUCGACAACUGAACGGUUCCAACGGCAGGAUUUCCAGGGAUGUCGGCGUUACAAAGGGCGCCAUGAUGUACGGAACACUACCGAACGUCAAGAUACAAAGGCAUCCGCAGUUCAGCGACGACAUGAUGUACCGGGAGCGGUAUCUUCUGGGCCAGGAGUACGGUGGCGUCGUGGAGCGGCACCGCGCCACGGGCUUCCGGCCGCAGGGGUCCCUGCCGGACCCGGACGAAGUGGACCGCAUGAUCUCUUCCAACACGCCGCUCUGUUUGACAGCUUCCUUGUGGCGACUCGCCUUGCAGAGGCGAGACACUCCGGAGCGGGAGCGGCGUACCAUCUCGACCCCGGUCUGA